AUGCAUGGGCCAAAGAGCCGGAAGACUCGAGCUUCCCAUGUGCAGCGUGACACACGGGGCGAGAUGCUAAAAAUUCCUGUUCCAGGACAGCCACCAGUUUUGAUUCCCAUCAAAGAGACGGCACCAUACCUUGGAUGCAUCAUGAGCUAUCACAACCUUGAAGACACCACGACAUGGCACAGAGUCAAGUUGGCCCACAUUGGAUUCCUGCGCCUCCGUCGUUGGCUCUGCAACAAGCAUCAUUUUUCAUUGCAACAUCGGCUUGGCUUGUGGCGCACAUGCAUUGUUCCAAUCCUGACCUAUGGAGUUUUUGCUGUAGGGAUAACCGACAAAGGCAUCAAACACAUGCUGACACAACUCAGCACUAUGCUACGACGCAUUGUUGGUGACCAUGCCCACCGUACAGGAAACACCAAUGUUCAGGUUUUUGAAACUUUCAAUUUGCCGCGCCCAGCUGACAUCCUGACGACGGCUGUUGCAACCUUGCAACGGUCCCUUGCCCAGCGUGAACUGAUGCUUGACACUACUGAUGUUGCCUUGCAACUGGAUUGGAAACAUCUUGAGCCCAUGCAUGCCAGCAUCAUGCAAGCUCAGGCUGCCCAUUCCUUGCAUCGUGUUGAGACUGCUCUCUCCGGUGAGGCCAUCCUUCUUGGACCAGAUCGCUGCACGGGCAUCCCUGCUGCCUUGACCAUGCCAACGCUCAGCCAGCAGCGUGUGGACGUAUCAAUGCGAGGCACCACCAUGUUGACUGCAGAAUCCUUGGCCUUGCUCAAAAGUAAACCUUGGGGCAAUCGUGUGCUGCAAAUCAUAGCUGAUGAUCAAUUGGACCAGCUUGAGACCGAACAUGAGGCCUGUGGAUAUCUCUCCAAGUUUUGCUGCUUAUGUGGGCAGCACCUGAACCGGACGCAGGACGUCCAUUUGCAUUUUCGUACAGAGCAUGCUGCAUACUGGACUUGCGUACCGCAGAAAUCAAAGGUGCUCACAAAUCUACAUAGUUCUGAAACACCAUGCCCGCAUUGCGGAGGAUGCUUCAAAACUCACCAGUGCCCAGUUUGGACUCAAAUCUCAGUCCUGUUACUUCACGGUGGAGGACUUCAUGCCACAGAAAGCAGCCAGCCUGCGGCUGUUGCGCGUUGUGACAUCUGCCUGAUGCCUUUCCCUGAUGUCACUCAGCUGAUGACACACUUGCAAGCUGAGCACAGGUUGACGGGAUUUACCUUUAAUGCCGCAAGAGACAGCCUGAAUGCCGAGGCAAUUUGUGCACACUGUGGAGCUGCGUUCUCCUCAAUGGAGAGUUUACGCAGUCAUAUAACCCAGGGCAGAUGCAGUUGCUUUGACUCCCAAGCAGCUACAGAAGUGGCUCCCAUCAGUCAGGCCUGGCUGGACAUUUGCUUGCAUGGGAAAAUGUAUGAACAUCUCCGUGCACCCAUGGAUCGCCUGCACAUGACCAUCCGAUGCACCCAAUGCAAACAGGCCUAUCAGAGGGCUGGAGACCUUGCCAAUCACCUGAUGUCCAACCACUCCAGAUUGUGGAGGCAGGCACAACAUUUGACCUUGAUGUUAGUUGACCUGGUUUUCUCACGAUAUGGUUGCAUGUGCAACCCCCAGAUCAGCCAGUUGCGUCAAAACCACAUUUGCUUGCCGCUGAGGCAGAUCUCGAUGAUGUAUUACCGAUUGGACAGCAUCCCAUUCAUGCCAGUUCAGCUCACUGAUCAGGUCCUCAAUCAGAUGUUGCACAGUUCAAUCAGCAAAGAGAUGCGCUUUCAUGUAUGCAGAAUUUUUGCAGAUCGAGAUUUCAAAGAACUCUGGAGUGACCCUGAGGUGACCAAGUUCUUGAGCCGGACAUGCACCCAAUGCGGUCAAGACCUCUCUGCGGGCCUGCUGUGCAGACAUAUUCAUGAGGCUCACAUGUGUGGCCACCGUUUUGUGGAAUUCUACUUUGACACUUUGGUGCCUGCAAUUGCCAAGACAUUGCAAUUUGACCACAAGUGCGACCUCUGCAGCCAGAUUUUCAACCUGCCGCCUGAUCAAGAGCCAACUGAACCAACAGCACCCAGAGCUGUUUUGGUCCAAGAACAUUUGCGAGGCAAUUGCCCUGUGAUCCUGCAAAGCUCAGUCCUGUUGGCCACCGCCCUGAAUGGAGGGAGACUUGGCUAUGACUGGCUUGGAUCAGAGCUCUCAAGCCCAAAUCAGGGAGACUUUCCAGCCGCGGCAGAGCACCAGAGCCUGCUGCCAUUCCUCCAAGCCCUAGGCCAGUUAGUCUUACGACAAGAGCGCAGCUUGAGCUUGCUGCAAAGCACAGACUCUUUCAUACUGUUUUUCCAGCAGGACAAAGAGGGAUCGAUUCAUGCCCUCCUCCAGGAGACACAGAAAUGGCAACAGCAGCGCCAGCUGGAGCCGGAUGCCCCAAUGACACCGCUCAGACAACACCUGUGCCAAUUCUUUCUCCAGGACUUGCUGACCAGAACAACCAAAGUGUCCCAGAGCAAGCCGGACGAGCCCCUGUUCAAGCUGUGCCGGGACAAGAACUUGAUCCUGGAAGACAUGAGCUGGCCGUACCUCCGUUGGGACCAGACCAAGAAGCAGCUAGUGAUCGACAAGAAGAAAUCAGUUUCCAUGCCCAAGAUGCUGGAGCACUUGACGGAGCUGGUGGAGGACUUCCGCGAUCCAGCCUUGGUCCUGAGAUUCCAGGGGCUCUCCACCAGCACCCCACAGGUGACAGUGCCAUGGAAGCUGCAGCUGAACCUGAGGUACAACAGGCCAUACGACCUGAUGAUGACGCUGACCCACUCAGCGGUGUGGCUCUUGGCAGGGACGACAUUGAAACCUCACUCGACCCAACCGAGCAACCUUGCCAAGACGGUCCAGAGCCUUCUGCCGAAGGGUCAAGGGAGAGGAAAGGGAGCUGGCAAGUCCAAGGGGAAAAACAAAGUCCCCGCGGACGGCAUGCGUGCUGCCCUUCUCCAAGCAGCACCGGUAUUGUGCGUUCAUGUGGACAGGCUGAUUUCUGCACCAACCAGCCGGAUUGAGAAAAGCAGUUGCGCCUUCAAUUUGGAAUCAGACACACGUUUUCCAAUUUUCAGUGAUGCAUGUUUGCAAUGUGCCAAUGUCCAGUACAUUCUUGUUGCUGGCGCUGCGCACUUGGGCAUAGAUGCUGCAGGGCAUUACCAGGCAUUUCUCAGGAUGCGACCUGCUAUCCUGGAACCUGCACGGCCUGUGCAAUGGCUGAUCACCCAGGACAAUGUUCAAGCGUAUCCCAGCUGGGAGGUCCCUGACUUACUCAGUCGAAACCUCACUGUCGCUUGGUUUGUCCGAUCAGACUGCAUCUAUUUGCCUUUGCUCCAGCUGGCUCCACACAUUGCCACAGCUGACACUGAGCGCCCGGAUGCAAUGACCCAACUUUUGCUUGCACCUUUGCGCAAAGAGCCCAAUGCAGGAUGGCCCAACUUCAGGAUUCUGACCAAUGGAGGGCACUCACAUCGGCUGUUGACCAAGUCACUGAGGUCGGUUCAUCACCAAAUGCGUUCUCCUCCCAUGUCGACGUUGCUGGGAGGAGUGCAGUUACUGCUUGACCUGACCCGUGUAGGCCUCAGACAAGGAUGUAAAAUUGCCCCCCUAUUGUGGCUGACCUACAUGAACAAACUGCUUUGGCUCCUCACGCCCUUGACCGGUGAAGAAUGGAUCAGACAAUGCUUGACAUUGUACGCGGACGAUUUGCAUGUAGGCUGCCAGUUUUUGACCGUUGGUGCACUGGACCACCAUUUGCGAUGCAUGGGCCAUUUGCUUGAUUGCAUUGAAAGACUCAAACUGCAGAUCUCCUUGCAAAAGUCCUAUUUGAUUUUUUCCCACACUGGCAGCAACGUGCGGCAUGCGCUCAAAGGCCGGCUGUGCUAUCUACAGCAUCAAGCACACCUGCUGCUACCGUGUUGCACUGGAGAAGCUACGGCGCUACCGCUGAAAACCAUGGGUCGAUAUCUGGGUGUGAUUGUUUCUUAUCAUGCUUUCGAACAACAGACGUGGCUUCAUCGCAAGAAGACAGCCUGGAUUGCAUAUGCUCGACUGAAACGCUGGCUCCGUCACAGACAGAUUCGACAAUCUCAUCGAGUAUAUCUCUGGCACACUUGUGUCCAUACAAUCCUUACAUAUGGCAUCUUCGGUACAGGAGUCACAGUACAGUCACUCACUGAUUAUCAGCUUACAAUAUUUCAAAUGAUUCGACUUCUGAUUGGUGACCACUCCUACAUGACAGGGAACACACACCAGAGGGCCAUACAGAAUCAAUCUCUUCCACUUCCCGUGCAGCUUCUGAAGCAUGGCGCCGAGAAGCUAUGGCUGAGACUUCAGAGGCGUGCUCUGCAGCUGGACUCGACAGAUUUUCUCCAGCAGGUGGAUUGGCAGCACCAUCACGACACAAUGCGUUUGAUUGAUCAGGUCCAUGGCAGCAUGCCGGAAGUCCCCAUCGAUGGAGACGCCUUGAUGAGGACGCCACAGGCAAAUGAGCCGCCUAGCACAGCUGCACCAGCCGCACCCGUGCUCAGUAGCAAUCGGGCCGAAAGAAACAGUUUCCAGGUCACAGCACAGCCAUUUUGGCCGGUCCUGAAACAGAUCAUCCAAGAGCAGUCAUGGCACCGACUACAGGAACAUCCUGACAUUGGCCAGUGUGAGCUGUGCCAAACCAGAUGCGAUGACCUUCAGAGCUUGCAUCGACAUUUGAAGGCUGAACAUGAUGUGACCGUCUUCGACUGGAACUUUGCCAGAGUUCGACAGAUGGCCAUGAUUUUCUACACCAGUGAAACAGAGAUGUUCAUACCACAGCAAUACAAUGAGCAAACCCUGAGACUCACUCAUCGUGCAUUGGCCAACCAUGCGCGUUUUCAGAUGCUGCUGAAUGUGGUAUUGGACAGAGAUUUCAGUCACCUGUGGCAUGCGAGCCAGUACAUGCGGGAAAAAGACGAAGAGCCGCUGAACAAGAAGCUCAAACAGGAGCCCGUCGGCGUCGACAAGGCCGCAAUGCCACCCAGCCAGCAGAACAAAGCCCUGCUCACGCUGAUCCAUCAUCUGGCCAAGGUGGUCCUUCAACACGAUCGGGCAAUCCAGAUGGAUCGCAAACAGGACUCCUUCGUUAUCUUUGCCCAAGUCAGCGCGGAGGGAGCGCUCCCGUUGCUGACGUUGAAAGCCAAGGAAUGGAAGGACAUGACGGAGAAGACCACCACACUCCGCACCUACCUGCUGAAGCACCUGAUCCUGGAGAUACAACAGAGGGCCAUCAAGCUGUCCCAGAGCUCCCAGGGGACCCAGCUGUGGGACGUAGCAGUAUCCAAGGGGGUGAUCCUCCAGGACGGAUCAUGGCCGUUCCAACAAUGGUGCCACACGGAGAAGAAACUCACCAAGUCCCAUCGAGCGCCACUCCCGAUGAGCCGCAUCCUGAAGGAUCUGCAGUUCAUGGUGGAUCUCCUGACCGACAACGACCAUGUGAUGCGCUUCCACUCACUGAGGCCGCAAGCCAGUGUGGUGCCGUGGAUGCUACAGCUCAACAUGCGCGAGGACGAUCUUUGGAGACUCUUUCAUCAGCUGAGUCAGUCCACCCUAUGGGGACUCAUGGGCCUGAGCUUGAAGCAGCACAACCAACAAGUCAGCAAACCAGCGCAGCUGCUGGAACAGCUGACCAACACCCAGGGGACGGCACCCAAAGGAGGUUGCAAAGCUGACACUUGGCAACACGGGCCAUAUGUGCUAUGCCAACAGCGGUGGCACAAUGACUUGGGCAUGUGUGCUGGCCUCAUGCACGCCCCAGAGGUCGUAUGCGUCCACGUGGACAGAUUCAUUUAUGAAGGACAUGGCAGGUUGCGCAAAACAGAUCUGCCGGUGUUCUUUGGAUGGACAGUGGACGUGCCCAUUUUUGUUGCUGAUGGCUUGGAGUGCACAUGGGAACCAUACCAAAUGACUGCUGCCUUCGCACACCAAGGGGAUGCUGCCACAGGCCAUUACCAGGCCCUGUUGCGCACACAGCCCAGUGUCAGACACCACAAUGCUGACACCUUUUGGCUGCACUGUGACGAUGACCGCCCACCCCGGCCAUGCUCCAUGCUCCCAAAUCAGUUCCAAGAAGGUGUGACAUGCAUUUGGCUAUGUCGACAAGAUGCCAUUGAUCUGCAUGCCUGGGAGGAAGACCUGCUGUCCACUCCACCAGGUUAUGCACACAACCCUGACCAGCUGCUGAAGCUUUUGCAGCAGUCCUGA